CAAUCUCAUAGAUUAUUAGAAUUAUUUGUAUAUUCUUGUUUUUUGUUCAUCAUGGCUGCCUCUCAAACUCUUCAACUUUCAUCGCUUAACAACGUUGAGAUAUUACCCAUACCAGUCAUUGACAUCGAAGAAAACAAGAUUCAAGAGCCUGCUGUUGAUGAAUUCGAUUACUCUCAAAGAGGACAAUGGCUUCGAGCUGCUGUUUUGGGAGCUAACGAUGGAUUGGUGUCCGUUGCGUCACUAAUGAUGGGUGUCGCCUCAGUUAAAAAUGACAUCAAAGCUGUGAUGGUUGCCGGUUUUGCAGGAUUGGUUGCCGGUGCUUGUAGCAUGGCCAUUGGAGAGUUCGUAUCUGUAUGCACCCAAAGGGAUGUAGAGAUAUCUCAAAUGAAAAGAGAGAAGCGAGAGAGAUCAUUAGAGAGUGAUGAAAAUGAUGAGAAACUGCCGAAUCCUGGACAGGCUGCUGUGGCAUCGGCUUUGGCUUUUGCAGUUGGUGCGGUGCUUCCCCUAUUGGCUGCUGCUUUUAUAAAGCAACCUAAGGUGAGGAUGGCGGUGGUUUUUGUGGUGGCAAGUGUGGCUUUGGUUGCUUUUGGAGUGGUGGGUGCUUUGCUUGGAGGAACUCCGGUGGUGAAAUCUAGUGCUAGGGUGCUUGUUGGUGGAUGGAUGGCGAUGGGUACUACCUUUGGGCUCACCAAGUUGAUUGGAAUCGAUCAUGGGAUGCAAAUUUGAUUUGAAUUUACUUUGCAAUAAAUUGUUUCUUCUCUUAGACAUGAUUCAUGGCUAGUUUCAUGAAUUUAGUAAGCAUUAGACUUCUUUCUCUGAGCUGUGUAUGAAUUUCUCAAUUGGUGACAAUUGUGAAAUGUAGUGGAAAGUUUAUUAAUAACGUUCCAAGUGCCACAUGUUGCUAAUCUAAAAGAUAAUUUAGAAA